AUUUAAUUAAUAUUAAUUUAAUGUUUAUGAUAUGCAUCUUAAGAAUAACAAAAUAUUUUAUAUAAAUAUCGCUGAAUAUUAACACAUUUAAUAAAUUCAAAACUCCUUUACUUGAAAUUUAAUGAAAACUUAUAAUAUAUGAACAAUGAAUAAACUAUUACUAUUAUUUGUGGUGCUAUUAUCGGCCACACAAGUUGUGCCUCAUAGACCUACAAAAAUUGUCACCAGUGUAUUAGCGGAGGGCUUUCUGGAGGAGAGACCGGCGGAACCGGGAGUUGUGUUGAGUGGAAACGAUCGCUACAUGGGUUACAUCAAAGACCUCGCGGACGCCAUCGCCGACAGACUAAACAUCACUUACUCUCUCCGACUCGUGAAAGACGGCUAUUACGGGACGCGUCCGCUAUCGACGGGCCGUUGGAACGGAAUGAUCGGCGAACUCGUGGCCAAUGAGUCGGACAUUGCGAUCGCCCCGUUGACCAUCACUGCCCAACGCGAGCGUGUCGUAGCGUUUUCGCAGCCAUUUUUGAUGACAGGCAUAACCGUAAUGAUGAAGAAACCGACACCACUCACGUCGGGCGUGUCUUCAGUUAUGGAUCCAUUUAGUUGUGGUCUAUGGGCUCUCAUAGGGCUGUCAUACGCCAGCGUUUGGGUAAUACUGUACGCCAUUUCUCGACUAUCAACCGCUGGUAAACACGAAUCCGAAACCAAUUGCCGGUCAUCGAUAUCGGGCCGUAUUCUAUGGACAGUCUGUGGACUCUUCACUAUAAUUAACUCCAAACACGAAGUCUACUCCCGUAUGUGGCGACACAUGAACUCCAAUCCCAACUCAAUGGUCAACAGUUACAGCGAGGGUUUCCAACGGGUCCGGGAGUCGGGCGGCAAAUAUGCUUUUUUAAUGGAAGAGGCAAGUUCUCAUCUCAUUAAUGGACAAAUGCCAUGCGACACCAUGACCGUUGGCCGUCUCAUAGACACCAAAGGCUACGGUGUAGCUACACCUAAGGGCAGUCCUCUCAGUGAUGAAAUAAAUUUCGUUGUCCUCAAACUCAAAGAGGAGGGCUUUAUGACAACACUGGCCGAGAAGUGGUGGCAAAAAACGUCACAAUGCGGUUCUAUGAAUAGCCAUUUCAAUCCAUGGACUCACAUUUACGACACAAUGAAAGCCAAUGUCGACAAAACCGUCAACGGAUUGGUCUCUCAAAACGAUUUGCAAAAACCCGGAGCCGAGUGUUGAACACAAUUAAACAAUAGAAUUAAAACUUAUUAUAAUUAUGUUUUAAAAAUUGUUUAAAUAUUAUGAAAACUCAAUUUAUUUACACAUUUUAAUAAUUAUAAUACAUUUAGUUUUUAUAUUCAACUUUGAA